UCUGUUAUCGCGGCUGAUGGCACCAACUGAAGCCAGUACAAAACGCAGUAAAUCGUCCCCUUCGAAAGAAAACAUAUACCUUACGAAGACCCCUGCCCGUCUCGGUAUCGACGAUUCGCGUCAUAAAUCUCAGUUACUGAAAUCAGUAAAGUUGGAGAAGCACAAUGAGGUGACAAAAGCGACUGGCUCGCCAUCAAAAAGUAAAUCUCUAAUCCCAACUUCGAAAAUCACCAAAACUCCAGCGGAGAGAUUAACCAACCUGGAUAAGAAGACACAGAAUUCAAAGUUGAGCCAGCUUGAAUUGAAGUUGCCUAAUGAACUGAAUAGGUCGAAGCUGCCAUUGACCGAGCAGAUGCUACAACCGAGCUCAAACAAAUCGCAGUAUGGAGUUGGCUCGCCAGAUGCAAAGAGUUUGAUAGACUUGCAUAAGAAAUUAGAGAAGCGCAAAAAGUCUGAGCAUUUACUGCAAGCCAAAAGACAGCGUGCGGACAUUAAGCUGAGAAAGAUCUCUGUGAAUCACUCGAAACUGAAUCGUUUACCGGAGCCUGCUACAAAGCCUACAAGCGAGCUGAUGACUUCCAGGCCUUCCAAACCAGUCGUCAUAGACGUGAACAAUCUGCCAGAGAUAAACUCGGAUAAUGAAGAUGAUGAAGCGUCGAAGCAGCUUGCUCCAUGGGGUUCGAACGCGAAUAUCAAGCAGCUUCUUAAACGGCAGGCUAAGAUCAAUCCUAGCUCGGUUUUUGGCCAGAUCCAGAAGAUCAACUGCACAGAAAUUUUUGAAAGAAGCUACUAUGGCAGUCUGAACAUCAAAUGGAACGAAAGCGAUAUGUUGGGCCAGAAGGAGACCGAAGAGUACGACCGUAAAAUGGGAUAUAGUUGAACAAACGCGUUUACACCUCGC